UCAAAUCAACAUAUCAGGAUAGUGAACCCGAGCGAGAAAACUGUGCCUGUGCAAAAUACUUUUAUGCAGGCACAUGUUGGCCAGGUCAGACGGCAGUCCAACUCCGUAUUGUCAAAAAAUAAACAGUGGUGACAUGAAGUGCAAGCCUCGAUGCGGACGCACCAAGGUCACGUUCUCAGUAAUUACGGACGUCAACAUCGCCGACCGAUGUAAUAGUUUUCAUUCUGUGCGCAUUAUCUCUGCAAUAAUCAGCCGCGUGUUCUAUCGGAUUGGAGGAUCCGAACACGUGGAGCCAAGAUCACUGCAAUAACAAUCCGCCCUUGGUCGCAUCUCAUGCCGUUUUCAUCAUCAAAGCAAUUUCAUUUCAUUCGUAACCAAAGUUAUAAACACAAAGCUUUUUGAGGAACCAUGCAAACGAAUCUUUUACUGUUCAGAAAAUCGGGACGCCAUGCACAACUGCGCACGCUAUCUGAUAUUUUUCCAAUACAUUGGAACAAAAUAUAGUGGUGUAGUGAGGUCUCCCCCACAUCAGCAGCAAAAGAAAGGGGUUCAGAACCAUAUAGAGGAUGCGGUGAGGCGGUUGAAACCAGUCAACCCAGUGUCUCUGUCCGUCUCCAGCAGAACUGAUAGUGGUGUCCACGCCCUCUCUAACUCCGCCCAUCUGGACCUCCAGCGCAGCAAUGAUAAACCGCCGUUUACUGAUGACGUGCUCCUCGAAGCCCUCAACUUCCACCUGCUGUCGGAGGAGAUCAGGGUCACCCGUGCUCAGCGCGUGCCCGCUGACUUCCACGCCCGUUACCGCGCCCAGUCCCGGACCUACGUCUACCGGAUAGCCCUGGGCACCCCCCACCACUCACAGCUCCCCCUGACCGACCACAGCUUGUGCUGGGGUCUCCAAAAUACGGAGUUGAACGUGAAGGCCAUGAACGAGGCAGCCUCCCUGCUGGUGGGGACGCACGACUUCAGCAGCUUCAGGGCUGUGAACUCCGAUAUGCCCUUUAAAAGCCCCGUCAAGACCCUGGACCUCGCCCACAUAGCGCCCGGGAACGCAUUUGUGCAGGCCCAUUUCCACAGAGAUAUACAGUUCUGGGAGCUGACCUUUAAAAGCAAAUCCUUCCUCUAUAAGCAGGUCCGGAGGUUGACGGGAGCCCUGGUGGCGGUGGGCCAGGGACGGCUCUCUGUAGCCCAGCUGAGGGAGCUGCUGGAGGCCCGGGACACUCGGGCCUACCCCCAGGGCACUGUGGCUCCAGCGCGUGGCCUCUUCCUCACCAGGGUGGACUACAACCAAGCAGACCUGCAGUUUCCAGAAGAGGGAGAGGAAAGGGGUCUUUCUCCUAGUGUAAACCCAGAAGACUAAAAGUAAUAAUUCCACUGGCGUAGUUCCAUUGUAUACAUUUACAUUGAGUGUAAUUGCUUUGUUUUACCGUCAUUUGAGAUAAUUGUUAUCUCAAAUGACAGUAAAGUUGUUAUGUUUACUAUAUCUUUACAUGUAUCAGAAGUAGGUCUGUGUAUCCCUGGCAUUGGCAUUAAGAACACACAAUACAAUGUGAAGUUUCUUUAUACAUCAGAUCAAUGUUAUUAUACUAUGGUUGAGCAAAAUAAUUGUAGGACAGUCUUGGUACAGAACAUUUGUAUUUUAAUUGUAACAUUGUUCAGUACUACAUGGCUGUGGAUGCUUGUGAUAGCAUCCUGAUCCAAGUAGUUGCAGUUGUUGCUACAGAACGCCGAACACCCGUCUGAAGUGGACAUGAGUGAUGUAUGAGUAGGUUGCUCAGGAGUCGGGACAUAUACUUUUUGUUUUUUUUAAACAUGUCAUAGUACCACUUAUCACAAUUGUAUAAGAUUACAGAUCUAUAUCUGCAUUGAAGACACUUCCAUUGAAGUAAAGUGUACACCCAAGUAUCAAAAAUGAAACACACUUGUUUGAGAAUAAAGGCUUUAGACGAGUUUAUUUUCUAUAACCACUUGCCUACAAUUUAAAUUCAUCUCAAGGAAUAUAUUUACACAUUUUAAACAAGUUGUCAAGCAGACCGGUCACAGAUCAGAAUACUAUCGGUGUGCUUCUUGGUGCCGCUGUUAAAGAUGAGGUUUUGUAGGGUAUUUAAGUUAAAUUGACAAUUAUCAAAGCACAUCGUAGGACGCCUUUUGUAUCACUAAUAAAUUGUGUUCCUCUCACUUUGA